AUGGCGGCGCCGCCCGCGAUGAGCCGGAGAAUCGUCGCAACGCGGUUGUCGGCGAGCUUCCGCGACGCCACCGAGAUUCGCCUGGGCCCGGUUCCGGCAGUUUUUAAACCGACGGAGGUUCUCGUGAAGAACCGGUUUGUCGGCGUGAACGCAAGUGAUAUUAAUUUUACCGCUGGUAGGUACAAGCCUGAUGUGAAUCCCCCUUUUGACUGCGGGUUCGAGGCGCUUGGGGAGGUUGUUGCUGUAGGAAGUAACGUCAAAGAUUUCUUCGUUGGCGAAGCUGUGGUCACACAGUCUUACGGUGCUUUUGCUGAGUAUCAAACGGUUCCUUCUCGGCAGGCCAAGAAGGUACCCUCACUAAAGAAAGAGUGGCUUCCACUGGAUCUCAGUGGCACGACUGCAUCCAUUUCUUUGGGGGAGGUGGCCAAACCUCAGGUUGGGGAAGUGGCGAUUGUUACUGCUGCCAGCGGCGGCACUGGUCAAUUUGCUGUUCAACUGCUGAAAAAGGUCUACCGCUGCUUUGUAAUUGGGGUAACAUCAUCUCCCACAAAAGAGGCGUUUUUGAAAGAACUAGGAUGUGACAGUGUCAUCGUCGACCAACGGGAGUCUGUUGAUGAAGGAAUCAAACGAAUUGCCCCCACAGGGGUAAACCUUGCAUACGAAUCAGUUGGAGGCGAGAUGUUCGAGUCUAUAGUUAAAAACAUUGCGCUUAGAGGUCGCAUACUCUCCAUUGGAAGCAUAUCUGGAUAUAACGAUGGCAGUAGUUGGAUACAACGUGCUUCAAAUUAUACACCAAUACAAACGAGACUCUUGUCGAAAAGCGCCACAUUGCACGCAUUCUUUUUGCCCCAUUUUGGCAAGUAUGCUCGUCGUCACUUUUCAACACUGUGCGAGCACUAUGAAUCUGGGCUUAUAAAAAGCUCAGUGGACCCAUUCCCAUUUAAAGGAUUGGAAGCUGUUCCUGAUGCUGUUGAUUAUAUGUAUGCGAGGAGGAACAAAGGUAAAAUUAUUGUUGAAAUAUGA